AUGUAUCAACAUUCAAGGAUCAACAUUCAAGGAUCAACAUUCAAGGAUCAACAUUCAAGGAUCAACAUUCAAGUAUCAACAUUCAAGGAUCAACAUUCAAGGAUCAACAUACAAGGAUCAACAUUCAAGGAUCAACAUUCAAGGAUCAACAUUCAAGGAUCAACAUACAAGAAUCAACAUACAAGGAUCAACAUUCAAGGAUCAACAUUCAAGGAUCAACAUACAAGGAUCAACAUUCAAGGAUCAACAUUCAAGGAUCAACAUACAAGGAUCAACAUACAAGGAUCAACAUUCAAGGAUCAACAUUCAAGGAUCAACAUUCAAGGAUCAACAUUCAAGGAUCAACAUUCAAGGAUCAACAUUCAAGGAUCAACAUACAAGGAUCAACAUACAAGGAUCAACAUACAAGGAUCAACAUACAAGGAUCAACAUACAAGGAUCAACAUUCAAGGAUCAACAUUCAAGGAUCAACAUUCAAGGAUCAACAUACAAGGAUCAACAUUCAAGGAUCAACAUUCAAGGAUCAACAUACAAGGAUCAACCUACAAGGAUCAACAUAGAAGGAUCAACAUACAAGGAUCAACAUACAAGGAUCAACAUUCAAGGAUCAACAUACAAGGAUCAACAUACAAGGAUCAACAUACAAGGAUCAACAUUCAAGGAUCAACAUACAAGGAUCAACAUACAAGGAUCAACAUACAAGGAUCAACAUACAAGGAUCAACAUACAAGGAUCAACAUACAAGGAUCAACAUACAAGGAUCACCAUACAAGGAUCAACAUUCAAGGAUCAACAUACAAGGAUCAACAUACAAGGAUCAACAUUCAAGGAUCAACAUACAAGGAUCAACAUACAAGGAUCAACAUACAAGGAUCAACAUACAAGGAUCAACAUACAAGGAUCAACAUUCAAGGAUCAACAUACAAGGAUCAACAUACAAGGAUCAACAUACAAGGAUCAACAUACAAGGAUCAACAUACAAGGAUCAACAUACAAGGAUCAACAUUCAAGGAUCAACAUAUAAGGAUCAACAUACAAGGAUCAACAUACAAGGAUCAACAUUCAAGGAUCAACAUACAAGGAUCAACAUACAAGGAUCAACAUACAAGGAUCAACAUACAAGGAUCAACAGCUUCAAGUUCAACAAGUAACAAUGUAGGACAAAACAAACAUUCACCCACAGGGUAA